AGAAAUCACGUUUUUAAAGUCAAUCUUAUUAGAAAAUACCGUAAUUCAAUACUGUAUGUAGAAGUACUAAGCAAAUGCAUUUUGAAUUUGCCGCUUAAUGUGACGUAGACUGAGUGACAUUUCUGAUUGGUUGUCUGAAACUAUCAUGCGCGUGAGCAUACCCUUGUCUUUAUACCAUGUUACAUAUAUGCUGGCGAUACUGCUGUUUGGUAAAGCAUGCUCGGCAUAAGAGGAGUGUAUUUAUUAAAAAUAAAAACGAGAAAAUGUCAGUGCAAGAAUGUAUGAUCAAAUUUUGUAUGUUACAAAACGAACAAUAUAUUCGCAGAAAACACAUAAUGAAUUUAAUAAGUACAGGACGCCGAGCCUUAUUCCAACGUUUACUAAGGUUAUGUUUGGAGUAAAAAUUUAACUUACUUUUUACAUGGAAAGUUGUAAGUAAUCCAAUACCUCCUUAUCUUAUUAUGAAAGGCAUACAAUAUAGAAAAAUAUGAAUGAAAAAAGGAGUUAUAAAUUUUGGGAAAGUAUUGUAUUAAAUCAUUAUACUGAAUCGGAAUGGCUUGAAAGUUUCCGAAUGUCAAAAAUAAGUUUCUUGAAAUUGUGUGAUUUACUUAAAGAUGAGCUACAACCCAAAAUGCAAAUUUUAAAGGCUAGAGAGCCUGUAUCUGUAAACAAACAAAUUGCUAUAACUCUAUAUAAACUUGCUAGUUGUUCUGAAUAUAGAGUAGUUGGGAAUAUAUUUGGAGUACAUAAAUCUACAGUGAAGAAAUGCUUUUACAAAGUUAUAAAAGCUAUUAAUAACAUUAUGGCUCUCAUUUAUAUUAAAAUGCCAAAUCAAGCCGAAUCUGAAUAUAUUGCAACACAAUUUGAAAAUGUGUCUCAUAUUCCUCAAAUAAUUGGUUGCAUUGAUGGAACACAUAUACCUAUUACAGCAUCAGAAGAAGGUUAUAGAGAUUUUGUCAAUAGAAAAGGAUGGGCAUCUUACAAUAUUCAAGCAGUAGUAGAUCAUAAUGGACGGUUUCGUAAUAUUUUUGCUAAACACCCUGGGAGUGUUCAUGAUGCCGUGGUUUUCAAAAAUAGUACAUUAUACAAAAACUCACACGAAAUAAUACCACAGGUAGAAAAAUAUAUAAAUGGAAAAGCAAUACCUUUCAUGAUAGUCGGAGAUCCGGCCUAUCCAAUUCUGCCUUGGAUAAUGAAGGGUUAUUCUGGUUCACUUUCAUCUGAAGAAGAAUCAUUUAACGUCUAUCUCAAUUCAGCAAGGGUUUCAGUAGAAAUGGCAUUUGGAAGACUAAAAGUCAGAUGGAGAAUAUUAUAAGAAAGAUUGGACUGUAACUAUAAAUUUGUACCUCAAGUUAUAGUUGCAUGUUGUGUGUUACACAACUUUUGUGAAAAUAAUGACAGAUUUCUUGAGGAAUGGAUUACUGAGUUUGAAAUAUUUGCGCAACCAAGAGAACAAAUAAAUCGUGAACGAGGCAAUGUAUGUUCUACUAUUAUACGAGAAUGUCUAAAAGAUUACUUAUCUGCAAAUUUUCCUUUACGAAAGACGAUAUUAAGAUAAAAUUUAAACAAUUUUAUUUGAUAUACUCUGUAAAACUUUAUUGCC